GAGAUGUGAGAUUCCAUGAUAGAGAAGGUGAAAGCAGUGAUAUAUCGGCAUGAAGGCUUGGAAGAGGAUCAAUAUAGCUCAUUUUGGGGUGUGGUGUAUGAUAUACUCAUUGAUUGGUGGACUAAAAAUUCUACACCACUACAUUGCUUGGCUCAUUCCUUAAAUCCUAAGUAUUACUCCAUUGAAUGGAUUUCGGAGAAUCCAAAACGCAUCCCUCCACAUCGGGAUCAUGAAAUUUCUAUGGAAAGAAGCAAGUGUUUGGAGCGAUACUUUGAAGAUGAGAAUGACUUAACGGCGGUGAAGUAUGAGUUUGCUAAAUUUUCAGGAGGGAGGUUUCCUUCACCAAGUGCCUUGACGGAUAGGUGGACCUUACUACCUUUGGUUUGGUGGCAAUACCAUGGCUCCGCAUUUCCAACUCUUCAAACCCUUGCCCUUAAACUUCUUGGACAACCUUGCUCAUUCUCAUGUGCUGAGAGAAAUUGGAGCACGCACAAUGAAGAGUACAUACAUACCGCAACAAAGAUGUGGGAUAUUGCAGGAGACUCUUGGAAUGAGAGCGACAUGCAUGGAGGAGCUGGAAUUCUUGAGAAUGCAGCUCUUACACUUGAUGAGCCAGAGUUGGAGGCUAUAGUUGUUGGGAAUGUUAACACUAGUGCUACUACUAGUGAAAGUGAAGUUCGAAGUGAAGCUAUUGAUCUUGAGGAUGAUGAUAUUUGUGUUUGA